AUGUUUGAAUUCGUUUUUUUUUUUAUAUAUUAUAUCAUUUUGACUUCACCAUAUGAUAAAGAGGGACAAAAACAUCAACAACAACAACAACAACAACAACAACAACAACAACAGCAACAAGAACAACAUAAAGAAGAGGAACUAUACUCACCUAUUCAAUCUCCAAUACAAAAAUCAAUGCAUAUCGAUAGUAAUACUACCAAUAGCUCUGAUACUGAUCCAUCAGUCUAUCAAUUACUUCAAACAUCAAUUCAAUUAAUUUAUCAAACUAGAUCUUCAUCCGAUCAUAGUCAUUUACAACAACAACAACAACAACAAUCCUAUUUAUCACCCAAUCAAAACAAUAAUACCACAUCAAAUCAAUUACAUUCAUUUGUACCUGAUGUUUUUAAUAUUAAAAGUUUUGAAGGUGGUUUAUUUCAAUCGAAAACUUUAAAUCCUAAUGAUUUAGGUGAAUACAGAGAUAAAGAUAUUCAUUUAGAAUAUGUUGAAAUAAAUGAAAUCAAUAGAGAUUUAACACUUUGGUGUGAACAUAUUUUAUCUAGUCCUUUAAAAAUCGAUAUAUUCCUUUGUACAUAUAAUUCUGAAACUAACGAAUUUAAACAUUCACUCUUAGAGAGAUGGAUGUUUACUUUUACCCCAAUUGACUUUAAUCAACAAUUUAAUAAAAACCUUUUAAUUUCAUCACCUUCAUUAACUUUAAAUAACAACACUGUAAAUAUAUUAACUCCAACAUCAACACCUUUAACAACUUCAUCAUCAUCACCAUCAUCUUCAACUAUUAUAUCAAAUGAUAAUGGUGAAAAUAAUAAUAAAAAUAAUAAUAAAAAUAAUAGCAAUAAUGAUAAUAUAAAUAAUAAUAAUAAUAAUAUACCAUUAUUUAGUUUAUCACCAUUAUCACCACCAAAUCAUGGUAAAACUAAUAUUAAUUAUAGUGGUUAUAAUGAUAAUAAUAAUGAUUUAAACUCAUCAAUGUUAAUUAAAUCACUUUAUUAUGUUUUAUCAUCAAUGCCAUUAUACCAAUGCUUAAAGAAACAACAACAAAUGGGUUCAUCAACGAUGGUGCCACAAUUACCAAAGAUCAAGUAUGGGGUUUCUCAAAAUUUUCCACCACCAUUCAAUUACAAACCCGAAGAAUUCACUCAUUUGGUUAAAUUAAAUUUCCCACCACAUGAAACUUCUAAAGGUUCAAUUUCAUUAACCGUUCAGUUCCCAAAUACACCAAUGCCAAUUAUUGAUGGUUCAUCAAGUUCAAUAGUUAUUUAUCCAUCUAGAUCUUGUUCUUCAAAUUUACUUUGUCAUUGUCAACCUAUAAAUACUACAACUACAACUUCCAAUAGCAACAAUAAUAAUUUACCUUCAUUAGCAUCAUUAAUACAACAAAAAUCAAAAAAUAGUAAAUCAAAAUCACAUUCUAGUACUACAUCUCUUUCAUCAUUACUUGCAAAUAAUGCAAAUAUAUCUUCUUCAACAUGUUUGUCAAAUAAAAAAUCACAAUCAACAUCACCUUCAUCAGCACCAAUUUCAAUUCCAAAAUCCUCACCAUCUUCCCCAUCUCUAAUGAAUAGUAAUAAUAAUAGCAAUAGCAACAACAAUGGUAUCAAUAUUCUAGCAAAUACAAGUGAAAAUAAUAAUAUUAAUAAUACAAAUAAUAAUAUUAAUAUUAAUAUUAAUAAUAAUAAAAAUAGUAAUAAUAAUAAUAUAAACAUAUCACCAAUGAAAAUAAAUGGUAAAUAUGAUCAACAAAGUCAACAUUAUUAUCAACAAUCACUUACUCCACCUCAUUUUUCUCCAGUUCAAUUUAAAUCAUUCCCAUUCUCACCUACUAGCCCACCACUUCAUUCAUUUAGUUUAUUAAAUUCUCCAAAUAAGAGUGGUUCAAGUACUAUUUCACCUCCAUCCUCUCCUUAUAGAAAUGGUCAUAGAAGAACUCUAUUUUUUGAUGGAUUAUCUCCUUCAUCAAUUUCCAAUAGUGGUAGUGGUAGUUUUAACUUUUUAUCUUCACCAAGUAAUAGUAUGAAUAGUAAAUACAAAUCACCAUCAUCAAUAAAUAUGGUUCAUGAUGCUUUUGGGUAUAAUAGCAACUAUAAUAAUGGUUUUAUGUCAUUUGGAUCAUUUCAAGAAUCACUCCUAACUGGAAAUAUGUCAAAUACACCAUCAACAAUGUUUGAUGGUUAUCUUGCCGAUUUAGGAGUUAGUGGUAAAGAUUAUAUUCCUCCUCAUAAGAAAAUUCCAUUCUCUUCAAUCUACUAUCAUGUUGAUCAUGAUACACCCUAUGUGGCCGAUAUUGAUCUUGGUGAUAAAGGAUUUAGAGUACCAGCCAAAGGUUUAAUACAAUUAACACUCUUUAAUCCCUUCAAUACUCCAAUCAAAACUUUUUUAGUUGACUUUAAUCUCACUGAUAUGGGUUCUGAUACUAAAACUUUUAUAAGACAAAAAAUUAUAUCAUUUAAUCAAAAUAAUAAUAAUAAUAAUAAUAAUAAUAAUAAUAAUAAUAAUAAUAAUAAUAAUAAUAAUAAUAGUAAUAGUAAUAAUAAUAAUAAUAAUAACAAUAAUCAAAUUAACAAUAAUGAAAAUAAUAAUUUAGCAACAUCAUUAAGUUCAUUAAAUAUUAAUAAUAAUAAUAAUAAUAAUAAUAUUAAUAAUAAUUUUAAUAAUAAUAAUCAAAAUAUAUUAAAAUAUGCUAUUCAUCUUAGAUUUAUAUGUGUGAAAAAAAGAAAAUACUAUUUAUAUAAAAAUAUUAGAGUUGUUUUUCCAAAUAGAAUGCCAGAUGAAAUGGAAAAAUUAAAAAUUAUUUACGAAUACCCACCAGAACCAAAAUAUUUCCCUUUUCAUAAAUAA